AUGCUUGUAACUCAAGGGAGGGACGUUAACUUCAUGUAUGUAUGCAAAUGCGGCCGACGCGACGCUGAAAUUUGCAAAGACGUGAAGUUCCGUCCCGGUGGUAGCGGCUACAGGCAUGGUGCUUUUUGCUUUUCAAGGGCAGUCGACCGUGCUAGCCCGUGCUUCGACUGCGGGACUAUUCUGAAUAAGCCCGCUGGGCAGAAAUAUUAUGAUAGCGUCACUUCUGUACGUGAAAACUCAUUCUGCGAGUAA